GUGAGGUGCAUCUCCAAAGGAGCCAUGGCGCCGCGACAUGACUGGUCCGUCGGCAGUUUCCCUGGGUUCCCAGUUUCCCCUCCCUCUGUGGCUCUAAAGCGCUCCAGUCCAGGGCUGCAUCCUAGAAGCCAGGACUGUACAUACGUUGUAUUUCGCAUGUACCGCUCGUACUUGGAAGCACGCUGUCCGCUGUUGUGGAAGGGGGGAGGCGGCGACCUCACGCGGGCUGGCUUGGGCUUAGGCCGGGCUUGAUGGCGCUGCGGGCGAGCAUGCUCUGGGCUUGUACUGUACCCUACGAAUACAACUUUGCAGUCACCCUCACCCUCGACGGCCUCUGCUCACAACUCAACCAUGUCGAUCCUCGGCUUCCUUUCUACCCGUACUCCUCCGCUGAAAACUCGUUGUUGAAAUGGUGUUCACAGGAGACGUCGUGGCCAGCAUGUCGCAAACACAGAGACACACGGACACGCGGACUCGCAGACACUCUCACCUCACCAUGCAACAUGCCAUGCAUCAUCUCCCACCACUCAUCCUCCUCUCUUCCCCAGACGCAGACGCAAGACAUUAGCGGGUGGGCGGAAACACAGCCGAUCCAGGCGCCGCCGGUUGGGUCCGCACACUGGGAAUUUGUUUUGUUCAAUCUCGAUGGCAAGCUCCGGUUGUCAGCCGUUCCGGCAGGGAUGUGCCUAGAGCAGGGUGACGGGCUACGCAUGGCCGUCAAUAGCGCGCUCUCGACCGCCGGCACGGGAGAGCGGUGAUGGUGAUGUGUCCAGAGGAAAAAGAAACAACUAUCGAGCAGAAGAAACAAAGAGACCCCCCUGUUCAUGCUGCAGUUGACAGCCCAGCG